AUAUCAGCAGCUAGCAAGUUCAUGCGAGGCCAAGUAUGACAAGAGCUUCAUCUUAUAUCCCCGUGGCGGUCGAGUAAACAUUGCUGGGUUGUAAAUUAACAGCACGCACAUGCAUCUUGGUCAAAGUCCUCGGUCUGCAAUACCGCUCCAGUGCAUGUAGUGUAGGGUAACUCGGCAUCCAGGCUCAUUCUCUUUUCUUUCUACAUGUCACUACACAUUGCACCAUCAACAUUGACUUUUUGAUUUCCAAGACAUUCUCCAAAUGUUGAUGACUGGAAGUUUAUAGAGUUUAGAAUAUAUAUGCUGCAGUUUAUGAUCAGCGGGAUGCAGUUGGGUGAUACGUAAGCCUAUACAGGUAUACUGCACUUCAAUUCUCUGCCAACAAUCAUUUCAGGUAUACGCCUAUUGAAUUGAAAAUCUGACUCGUGCAUCCGCCUUCUACCGUAUCGCUCGGAUUCUGUCGGUCCAGUUUAUUUUCAUGAAAAAUGCCUGGGUGAUGAAAAUGGGCUAUCCUAUUCGAUGGUUGGAAAGGAUAUGAUGCUUCUGCUAAACUGUCAAAUCGGUUUUAAUGAUUGGUUCCUUGGUGACUGACCUGUGUGGAUGUAAUUAUUGCAAUUGGAUCGUCAGCGAAAAUCCAGGGGAAACUUUGUAAUGUCAGAGUCAGAAGCAUAUGUGGUAUUCGAUCAUGGCACUUAACUUUAAGCGAAUCUUUUACAUGGCCAAGUUGCGGACCAAGCCCAGAUGCCAGUGGCUUAUUGCUGUCUGCACCAUGGUCCACAUCAUGAUGUACAACCACUGUAGCGCCCUCAUCGGUGAUCAUCAAGACCUUCUUGAGAAGCACCACUCCCUAGGCUUCAAUCCUGAUCUCAUACAGGCCAAUGUCACGUCCAAGCUCCUUAGCUGUGGGGACAUCUCAGCGAUUCAGCAAGGGGAUACCAUUGGACGUGGCACCACGAAGGAGGUGUUUGAAGGAACUUACAAUGGUAGGAAGGUGGCAAUUAAGAUGGUCACACCAAAAGUAAGAGAUGUCAUGGCGUGUCUCAAGAGAAGGGCCUAUCGGAGCAAGUCGGAGUGCUACGAGUAUGCAAACUUUAAGCUGAUGAAGGAAAUAGCCUAUGGCUUGCAGAUCAAUAGUGACAGAUUAAUCAAGCUUCUAGGGUACUGUGUUCGAGGUGAUGCAGUAACUGGAUCUGUACGCGAUCAGGGGGUCGUUGAAGUCGUGGAAUUUGGAAAGAAACUCAGCAAGUAUAGACUCACACAAUUUACCUGGCCGGAUAGAUUACAGGUUGCCAAAGAUCUGGCUGAUGCACUCGUGGUAUUAGAAUAUUCUCCUAUUGGCUCGGUCGAUAUCGGCGACUUCAAAUUGAAUCAGUUCAUCCUGAUUGAUGGAAGGUUAAAGAUCGGUGACCUUGACGAUAUGUCUACUCAGGAGAAACCGUGUAUAAAAUCACGUGACUGCAGUAUACUGGGCGAAACCUCGGGAAUUGAGUGCGUGAAUUCGACGUGCAACGGUAUCAACGCCAAAGCGAACAUUCUCUUAGCCACAAUUGAGAUUCUGGAACCUCUAUUUGAAAAUCCACCGGAACAACUUAGUGAACGAGUGGACCUGCUUCUUACAAAGUUAAAGAACUAUCAAAUAAAUGCUCUUGAGCUUCAAAAGUUUUUAAGUGAUUUAAGAGAUGAGUAUACAAUAUCAUGACAUCGGUUUAAAGCUGUGCAGCAUUUUGACAGUUAUUCCAUCAUAGCUGAAAGAGGAGCAGAAGUUGAAUCGUGCAAGUGCAGGGAGUGGAGGACUGUUGCAGAAAGGGUUACUAUUAAACAACGAAAACAAAUAAAACACAACUUGAUUUCCCAACCAAUGAAGUGUGUAGUGGGGUGUCCAAACUUCGCGGAUAUUUAAAAAAUAAUCAUCAGGCUAAAAUCGUUCACAAAAUAUUUACAUUUUAAACAAAACCAAUUCAAAUGAUAUUUACAAUUUAAACAAAACCAAUUCAAAUGAUAUUUACAUUUUAAACAAAACCAAUUCAAAUGAUAGCUAUCAAAUCGAUGGCAAGAUCGUAAAAUGGAUUGACGAAAAUGUGAAGCAGGUCAGUGGGUUUCACCGGUAUCGCGAUCUCGAAUUUCUAAUCCGAUCGACGAAUGCGCGCUGUGCGGGAAUUCCGGCCUGAAAAGGUGUGGUCUAACUUCGCGGACCAAAGUUUUGUGGAGAUUAUAACAAAAUCUCAAGCUCAAAAGGUGAAAUAUUUAUAUCAGCUGGACGGCAAAAUGCUAUAAAAUCGGUCAGUACCACGUUUUACUCACAUUUUUUUAAUGACACAUUCUUGCAAAAUGAUGAUUAAGAAGUUCAGAUCUUUUCAGAACGGGCAAUAAUGGUGACAAAUUUGCCGAUCUUUUGUCAAUAUUUUCAUGAAUACUGAACUCAUCCUAAAGAAACUAACGCUAGAGGGUGAUUUUAGGUCGCUUUUCGUGAUGAUGAUGUCAGAUUUUAAAGAUAUUGAAUCGUUUUACAGAUGAUAACCGUCCGCGAAGUAUGAACACACGCGAAGUUCAGACUCACUGCCAUACGUAUUAAGAACUUGAUGUUCUUAGUUGGGUUUAAAUACCCCGGUGUUUGAGAGCAUCUUUAAAAAAGGAUAGGUAAUAAACUAGUGUAAAACUAGGAAAUACUGCUAAAAGGAGAGACUGUUACAUGACAUGCACUUCAAUCUUGCUUUCAUUAUGAGCAGUCUUAGGUCAACUAUUCAAUGUCAUCUUACACGACCUUGUUAUGCAGUGAUGUUUUUAAGCCGAAUUCGAUAUAAUUUACACAAUCACAAACCACAUGUUUGCGAUGAUACCCUUUGACUGAAACACAACAUUACAUUUUGACUAGAUAAAUAAUAAAAGUUGGUUAUUGGUAUGGUGCUCAUUGACUAGGUAAACUGCUGCAUGGAAAAACCAAUCAUAUCUAACUAAAGCAUGUCCAAUAACGAGUUUCAAGACUCGCAUCAUAUUCGUCAAAUCGACACCAUACCAGUAUACUCUAUUCAACUAAUGUUCAUAACUUGUGGUGUUCCUCAGGGAAGCAUUUUUUAUUGUACAAAAUGCCAUGAUAAUUCAUGAUACUUAUUUAUUUCCAUUAUAAUGCUUGGUCAUCAUAUUGAUGAUGUGACAUUCAUAUAAUUUGAAGUAUUUUGAAACACUAAAAACGAGGCAUUAACAGCGCCACUAUGUUUAUGUUUACAUGAUUGUGUAAUAUCGCCCUCUGCGACGGAUUGUUAUUAUACCUUCCCUUUGGCCGGUGCUGUUUCUGUGAGGUAUUGGCCUAUUGAAGAUGGCUUAAUAAAACUGUAUUAUUUCCCUAUAUAA